UUCACUGCUAGCAUCAUGUUGCUAGCUAAAUAUGUAACUACUGAGAUAUAAGCUGGUUUAUAACACAUCCUGCUAAUAAUAUAAAACCCACCGGUAAAUGUUUUAAAAAGUGUGCAUUGAAACUCAACUAAAACCAAGUCAUAAAAUGUACUAAUAUGUGAUAGGUUGUGUUUGAGACUUUUAUUUUAAAAGUCGCGUAAAGAGAUGAUCAGCUGACUGUGAUGUCAAUAAAGCAAGUUGUCAGCGGGCGGAGGAAGCUGAGAUCUACCGGAUCCUCUCAUCGUGCAGCCUUUACCGGCCGGUGGAUUCAUGCUGAGGGCGACCGGGAGCAGAAGGUAAACCCCGGGGAGGAUCGCUGCCGUCAGCAUGGACAUCCAGACCGAGAGACGGAGACUGCUGCAGGAGGAGGACGGAGAUGACGGUCCGACCGGACUCCUAUCCGAGCAGGAGGCUUAUCUCAGCAAAGUGAAGAACAGGAAGUUGUACCUGGCCUCGUUCGCCGCCGUUCUGGGUCCGAUGAGCUUCGGGUUCGUGCUGGGAUACAGCUCCCCCGCCAUCCCUGAGCUCAGCAGGAUUUCCGAUCCUCGGCUGCGGCUCAGCGAAGUGGAGGCCUCCUGGUUUGGGUCCAUUGUGACGAUCGGAGCGGCGGUGGGCGGCCUGCUGGGCGGCUGGAUGGUGCAGAGGAUCGGCAGGAAGCUGACGCUGAUGUCCUGCACGCUGCCCUUCGUCUUCGGCUUCACCAUCAUCAUCGCCGCUCAGAACGUGUGGAUGCUGUACGUGGGCCGGGUGCUGACGGGCCUGGCCAGCGGCAUCACGUCGCUGGUGGUCCCGUUGUAUAUAUCUGAGACGGCGCAUGAGAAAGUCCGCGGGAUGCUGGGCUCCUGCAUUCAGCUCAUGGUGGUCUUGGGGAUCAUGGGAGUUUACCUGGCAGGUUUGUUUGUGGACUGGCGCUGGCUGGCGAUCUGCUGCUCCCUGCCGCCGUCGCUGCUGAUGGUCGCCAUGUGCUUCAUGCCCGACACGCCGCGCUUCCUGCUGUCGAAGGGGAAGAGGCGGGAGGCCGAGGAGGCCUUGCGCUUCCUGCGCGGGCCGGACGCCCCCAUCGAGUGGGAGUGCUCCUGCAUCGAGGACGCAUGCGACGAACAGGGUUCAACGUUCCACCUGUCCGACCUGAAAGAUCCCGGCGUCUUCAAGCCGCUGCUGAUCAGCAUCCUGCUGAUGGUGUUUCAGCAGAUGACCGGGAUCAACGCCAUCAUGUUCUACGCUGAGGACAUAUUCGUACAGGCGCACUUCAAGGAGAGCGAACUGGCUUCGGUGAUCGUCGCUCUGAUUCAGGUCGUCUUCACUGGGAUCGCAGCGGUGAUCAUGGACCGGGCCGGCAGGAAGGUUCUGCUCGUCAUCUCAGGCGUGGCCAUGAUGAUCAGCACCACGGCGUUUGGCGUCUACUUCUACUUGACGCCCAAAGUUCCCGGCGGAGCGCCGGCGCCCCCCGCUGACCUCACCUGGCUGGCUCUGGCCAGCAUGGCCGUCUUCAUUGCAGGCUUCGCCAUCGGCUGGGGUCCCAUCCCCUGGCUGAUCAUGUCGGAGGUCAUUCCCAUCAGAGUGAGGGGCUUUGCUGGAGCGGUGGUGGUUCUCAGUAACUGGGGCAUGGCCUUCGUCGUCACCAAAACCUUCCAGGACAUGAUGUACCUCCUAACCAGCGCCGGGACGUUCUGGCUCUUCGCCUGCAUGUGCGGCCUCAACAUCAUCUUCACCGUCAUCUUCGUCCCGGAAACCAAAGGCAAGACGCUGGAGCAGAUCGAAGCCCUUUUCAGAGGGACUUCAGGUCCGUGAAAGCGCUGAACCUCGGCAGCCUGAGCAGACUGUUAAAGUGGGCAUUCAGAAAAUAUCCUCCAAGAACAUGAAGCUAACUCAAACAUUUUCUAUAGUUGCUUUUAUGACAGAAAACAGGUGAAUAUUUUAAGUCAUUCUUGUCUAUUUUGUGAAAACUCAACUGUAUUUUAUUACUGUAUCAGUGAGGUGCAACAGAGAUGAUGAUGAUGAUGGUGAUGAUGGUGAUAAGUUGGACAUGUUGACUCCUGAAAAACAUCAUAAUCUGACAUCAACACUCAGAAAGCUGUGAGGCGCCUGUUGCUCUUCGCUGCCCCCUGCAGGCCUCACAGGGACGAAGGAAGCGAAGCUGCAAAAGCUUCACUGAGGCAAAAAGAUGUCAGUGGAGUUUCUUAAGUUUCUGUCUGUGUGUUUCCACACAGCGUUUUCCAUAUUCUAUCACUCAUGAAAAGGGUUUAAUGUGAUAAUAUAUAAAAAAGCUGAUUUUUGCUGUUAAGUUGAUAAAAAUCUUUAUUUAACUUUUCCAACAAAACGUGAAGUACAACUUUUCCCUUUCUGAGUUUUUAUUCUACUUUUUGCUACAUUUCUGUUACGAUUUUCAGUUUGCCGAUUUAAGCUCAUUGUUAGGAAAAUUCAUACAGAAAAAAUGUAAAAACAUAAGCCUUGAUCAGGACAAAGGAUUUGUAAGUCUCCACAUAUUCAUUAGUUUACAUUAUAAACACUAUUUAAAGUCCAGACGAGUCGGAGGGUGUUGGGUUUUACCCGACUGCGUUGGUAUUUGGAUGUCAUAGAGUUUUUAAAUAUUCACAGUGAACAUUUAGGAGUUUUUUAAUUUGAUUUCACCACAAAAUGUUCGGCUUAGUGUCAUGAUCGAUUUUAGCCUUUUAAACAUUCAGAAACUAUUUUGGUUAAGCUAUUUUAAUGGUUGUAGUUUUAGUUUAGGUAAAAUUUGUGCAUCAAAGUCCAUAAACCUCAAAUUCACCAACAGUAUGUAUUUCCUUUCUGAAUUAUUCUUCCACAGUUGAAACUCAAGGGACAUUUUAACCAUAUUUCACACAUAAAUCACAGUAAGAACAAUAACUGUCAAUUUUCUCCUCUGCAGUUAGAAAAUGUCCAUAAGACUUAAAACUUUUGUGCGUUUUUUGUCUGCUUGAGGUUUGAUUUCUCUCUGUCUGAUAAAAAUGUUUUCUGAUUUGUUGCCGUUUCUUUACUUUUAUAUUAAUCCAUUAUCACGUAAGUUGCAAAUUAAAAGAAAGUUUGUGCGUUUUCAAAUUAUCUGCUGAAUUGUAAUUUUUAAAAAAAUCUGGAAUCUCUUUUGAUGAUCCUGAAGAAAGUGAAGCGGAACAGGACUUCCUAAAAACACUUCCUGUUUUUGCUUGGCUUGAUGUUGUUUCAGUGGAAAAGAAUAACGGCUUGUUGCUGAAAUGUUUUGAAGAUGUUAUAAAUACCGUGGGAAGUGAAUGCAUCAUGGAGUUCCUGUUUACACUAAAUACAUUUUUAUUCAAAAAGCUGACAUCUGUUAACUAUAACAACUACAUGUGUCUGUUUGUACCGGAUUUUUAUUCUUAUGGGUUUGUAGAUUUAAUGUUGUAAAGAUGGAUGCCUUGUGCUGAUUUGACCUGGGAACAAUUUGCCUUUGUUUCUUCACAGUUUCAUUUUUUUGUCCUGUUUUUCGCUGCUUCUUUGGUACAAAAAAAUCUCUGUUUUGUGAAGUCAUGAAGCUCAAAAUGACUCGUUUCAUAUCUUCACAAUGACCCUGGUUGAAUCUUGGAAAAAAUAAAAUGUGUGAUUAUCUUUUGUUGUAA